GCCGGAGGAGCAGGGAGAUUCAAUAAGACGAUGGCUCAGAGAACGGAGAAGGAAGAGACGGAGUUCAAAGUUCUCGAAACCUUGACGACGACAACAACAACAACGACGCUAUGUACCAAUAACUGCGGCGUUACAGCGAAUCCUGCGACGAACAACAUGUGUCAGAAAUGUUUCAACGCGUCUCUCGUCUCGGCGGCCGCCGGUGUUGUUGAAUCAGGCUCGAUCUUGAAGAGAUCGGCGAGAUCUGUCAAUCUUCGGUCAUCAACAGCUAAAGUCGUGAUUCGUACGAGAGAGAUCGAUGCGGUGAAGAGAGAUCAACAGAUCGUAAACCGAUGUUCUGGUUGUCGGAAGAAGGUUGGUUUGACCGGAUUCAGGUGCCGAUGCGGUGAGCUUUUCUGCUCCGAGCACCGUUACUCCGAUCGUCAUGAUUGUAGCUACGACUACAAAACCGCCGGUCGUGAGGCGAUCGCUAGAGAAAAUCCGGUGGUCAAGGCGGCGAAGAUGGUCAAAGUUUAAAUUAAUAUUCGAUCUCAACCGUUGAAAACUUGUGGUGGUUCAAAGCUCCGAUCUAUACGAUCGGAAGAGAUGGUCGGAGACAUCGAUUUGAAUUGGUGCUGUGUUGUAAAAGAAGAUUCCUCUGCUCAAUCAAAUCUGAACCUCCAA